UCCAUCAAACGUCAAUCAAUCGCAGACGUGGAGAACAGCUCGUUGUCUGUUAAAGACGCGCAGCAUCCAGUCCACGGGACGAUGGAGAAACGGCAAGCACAGUUCUCCAAAUUUAGAGAACAACAAAUCAAAGAAUGCUAUCAUUUAGGAUGCAAAUAGUGCUUUUCCGUGGACAGGAACUUCUUUUAGAGAAAGGUGCUCUCUGAUCUGCUGAAGGAACAUGGAUAUAUCUGGGGGCCAGCAUCAAUGUGGAGGAUCUAAGAAGAGGGUGAAGAUCCACCCCAAUUCCAUCUCGGUGAAAUACGCCACCCACUUCCCCCAACCCGGAGACGAGGGUUACGACGACGCUCCUUCCUUUGAGGACUUUGGUUCGUUUGCGAAGGCCAGCCCUGCUAAGAGAUUGGUGACAGACAGUAGUAGGAGGGCCAUGGAGACCCCCAGGACGCUAUGGGGAGGGGUGGAGCCCCAGAGCCGGGACAAGGGUGUCGGGGGACAGCUGGCUAGCUUCGGGGAGGCCAACGUCCUGGCGUCCCGGGUCACCUGGAUGGCGUUGUUCGGGGCAGCGGUGGCUCACGGCUGCGUUGCUCUGAUCACGCGGCUGGCGGCGGACCGUUCCAAAGUACCGUCCCUGGAGCUGAUCUUCAUCCGGUCUGUGAUCCAGGUCCUGUCCAUCACGGUGGUGUUUUAUAACCAGGAGGAACCCUUCGGCCCGAAGGGUUACCGCGUCCGGCUCUUCUUCUACGGUGUCUGCAACGUCAUCUCCAUCACCUGCGCCUACACCGCCUUCGCCAUCGUGCCGCCCAGCAACGGCACCAUCAUGUGGCGCGCAACCACCACGGUGUUCAGCGGCGUGAUGCCCUUCCUGUUGUUAGACGAGAGGCUGGGCUACACGGACGUGGUGACGGUGGUGGGAAGCGUGUUCGGCCUGUGUCUCGUCAUGAUCCCCAAUGUGGCCGACGAGGAGAAGUCCCGCCUCACCUUCUGGAAGGAGGCGUUCGGCUACACCAUGACGGUGAUGGCCGGCCUCACCGGCGCCCUGUCCAUGAUCGUCUACCGGGCCAUCAAGGAGCGCGUCAGCAUGUGGACAGCCCUGUUCACGUUCGGCUGGACGGGCACGGUGUGGGGCGCCUCCACCAUGUUCGUUAUGCAGGAGCCGAUCAUCCCCCUGGACGGAGAGACGUGGGGUUACCUCACAGGGAUCUGUAUCUGUUCCACCGUGGCGUUCCUGGGGGUCUACUACGCCCUUAACAAGUUCCAUCCGGCCCUGGUGAGCACCGUGCAGCACCUGGAGAUAGUGGUGGCCAUGUUGCUUCAGCUCAUGGUGCUGCGCAUGGUCCCCUCCGUCUACGACGUCGUCGGGGGGCUGAUCAUCAUGGCCAGUGUGUUUACUCUAACGGGAGUGAAGCUGUACAGGGUCAGCCGGGCUGUACGGCAGGACUACCAGGAGAUACUGAACUCACCCAUCAAAUAGAGCCUGGAGUUCUGAUUCAGGAUCAGUUUGGCCCUAUAGACCAUAAUGCACUAGAUUACAUGGACAGGGGUGAAACAGGUUCUAGACCAGCAUUUCUACUCUCUCUAUAUAUUUAGAAUUGUGGUCGUCGUUGACUCGGCGGCGUGUCAACGUGUGUGCGAUGUCUUUGCUAAAGUUCUAUUUGUCUGUGAAAAAAAAAAGAAGAUAUUCCACGACGAAACGGUUUGUUCUGAUAGUUUUGAUUUCAUGUCGACUGUGAUGAAGAAGAAGACUGUCGAAGUAACACGUGUUGUUUAGAUUGUAUGAUACACUCUGCACUGUCGCGACUUCCGUCGAAGUUGGCGCCUCUCCUUGUUCGGGGCGGCGUUCGGCGGUCAUGGUCACCGGCUUUCGAGCUGCCACAGAUCCAUGUUUCUUUGUCAUGUCUUGAUUGUUCACACCUGGUUCCCAUUUCAUUAUUUCCCUAUUUAAACCCUCUGGUUCUCAUGAUGUUUUGUGCAUUAUUAUGUUAGUUGUGUUUUGUCAUUAUUGUUUAUCCCUGCGUGGAUUUUGGUUGAUGAGUUUUUCUAGAGUAAAUUAUGUUAUUUUUACUCAGUUCAGUGUCCUGUGCUUGACUUUUUAUUUUACCAGGUAAGUUGACUGAGAACACGUUCUCAUUUACAGCAACGACCUGGGGAAUAGUUUCAGGGGAGAGGAGGAGGGGAUAAAUGAGCCAAUUGUAAGCUGGGGAUGAUUAGGUGGCCAUGAUGGUAUGAGGUCCAGAUUGGGAAUUUAGCCAGGACACCAGGGUUAACACCCCUACUCUCACAAUAAGUGCAGUGGGAUCUUUAAUGACCACAGAGAGUCAGGACACCCGUUUAACAUCCCAUACGAAAGACAGCACCCUUCACAGGGCAAUGUCCCCAAUCACAGCCCUGGGGCAUUGGGAUAUUGUUUAAACCAGAGGAAAUAGUGCCUCCUACUGGCCUCUCCAACACCACUUCCAGCAUCAUGUGGUCUCCCAUCCAGGGACUGACCAGGACCAACCCUGCUUAGCUUUAGAAGCAAGCCAGCAGUGGGAUGCAGGGUGGUUUGUUGCUGGCGUACCACCCACAUGACUCUAUUCCUCAUCUCCACUAUACUGACACUGACAUGCACCUUAAUCUCAUGUGCUAACUUUACAGCUGUGGCGCUAACUUUACAGAUGUGUGUGGCUCUGCUAGAUGACGUGCAUCUGAAUAAGAAGCUGUAUUCUUGAUACUACUGCUGCUGACAGUGUGUAAUCAGGGCCGUGUUGACAAGGUGAUAAAUGGUCUUUGUUUCCUGCAUAAGGGUGUAUCUUUUAUCUCACGCUAACACAGUGUCCGCUACGUAGAACACACUGGUUAAAAUACACUCAUGUAUAUUUAUUAAGAGUGAAAGAAGAAAAAAAAAAACACUGGCUGCAUUUUCAGAAUGAACUUCUGUUGAUCUCUGGAGAAAAUGAAAACAGUAGUCUAAAUCAAAAACUACAGAAGGUAUAUCUAUACUGAACAAAAAGAGAAAUGCAACAUGCAACAACUUCAAACGUUUUACUGAGUUACAGUUCAUAGAAGGAAAUCAGUCAAUUGAAAUA